GGCCAGGCUCUAUCCAUCACAACUUUUACCUGGCACUGCCGAAAGGAUUGUAGCUUUUAGCUUUUCAGGAAAAUAGCUGACAUGUCCUGGGAUAAGUUGGGUCCUUUCAAUCCGCCGGCGCAGGCCUCUACGGAACUCCAGGAAAGCCUCUACUUUCAGUCCUAUGGCCGCUUGGAGACUCACAUGUCCCUACUGCAGGAUUCGGUGCGAACCCAGGCUUUCCGGAACGCCAUUCUUCGUAAUCGCCAGCACUUUCAAGGCAAGAUCGUCCUGGAUGUGGGCUGCGGCACUGGGAUCCUUUCGCUGUUUGCCGCGGAAGCGGGAGCCCGCAGGGUCAUAGGUGUGGAGUACACGGAUAUGGCGGAGGUGGCCAGGGAAAUUGUAAGGGAUAACGAGAAGGCGGAUGUGGUGACGGUGGUCCAGGGCUUGGUGGAGCAGGUGGAGCUGCCCGACGGGAUUCAGCAGGUGGACGUCAUUGUUUCCGAAUGGAUGGGCCACGGUCUCUACAUGGAGGCCAUGCUGAAUUCGGUGCUCUACGCCAGGGACAAGUGGCUCUGCCGCGGGGGCCUAAUCCUGCCCAGCGUGGGGACCCUGUGGCUGGUGGGGGCCCAUGAUUCGCACAGAAAGGCCAAUCUGAACUUUUGGCAUAGUGUCGAGGGCAUCGACAUGAGCUGCGUGCGGAAGCCGGUCUCACAGGAGCCCGUUGUGGACUGCGUGACCAUCCAGCAGGUGCUGACGGACGAAUGCUACCUGCACUCCACCCACCUGGACUCCGCCCGGAAUGAGCCCGUGGCUUUCCGCUCCAACUUUUUGCUGACCGUACAGCGUUCCGGGGUCAUCAAUCUUCUGGUCCUGUACUUCGAUGUGGGCUUUCCCCAGGGCGACUCCCCGGUCCCCCUCAAGCUGUCCACGUCGCCGCUCUCGCCCUGGACCCACUGGGAGCAGACGCUGCUUUAUCUGGACGAGCCGCUCUUCGUCAAGGCCAAUGACCGGGUGCGCGGAGUGCUGGCCAUGAUGCCCGAUGGGCGGGACGGGCGCUGUAUGAUCUUUGACCUGAACAUCAGCUUCCGCAGUGCCCGGACUCGCGUGGAGAGCUUCAAGAGCUUCAGCUCCUCGGGAUCGAGGUGAAUUGUAGGCCAUUAUAUUUAAAAGAUUCCUCCAUAAAGUGUAAUAAAAAGAUCACCA